CAGCCACACUUUGCAGUGCCAUUUUGAGCAGCGCAGCAACAUUUUAGCUAAAAUUAUAAAGUUUUGCAGUUUUUCUUUUCCUUAAUGUUCAUAAAUUCAAAUUAAAAACCAUUGACAAAAUUUACGUUUUCUUUUUUUUUUUAACAACAAAACAAAUAAAACUUAUCGAAAAAAAGCAAAAGCGUCGUGCAGCAGUAACAGAACACACCGACCGCCGAUGAGGAAGAAGAGGAGAACGCCAGAAAUUAAAGAAAAACCAACAAGGCGGCUGCUGCAACGCAAUCGUAAUCGUUAUCGAGUGUCACCACGAUAACAUUGAAGGAGAAGAACAAGCAGGGAAAAAAUCAAUCAAUCAAUCAAUCAACAAAUUAUAUGUGUGCUGUUCUUGUAUAUCGAUAAAAAGAAAAACAAUAAUCAUUAUAUAGGAGAAACACACAGAAUACAAAAUUAAGAUUUGAGUGUGGGGCAAGAAAAACGAAAAGAAAAACACAACGGCGGCCAGCCGAUUGAGCAAGCAACACACACAAUUUCAAGGGGCCCAAUAAGAUGGACAUUGAAACAGAUCAGUCUAUCGAAGCUAUGGACACCCAGGAUACCCAAGAGGUCGAAAUUAUUACAAGCGACCUACAACAGCAACAACAACAGCAGCAGCAACAACAGACAAAUUCGCCGCCACAAUUGCCCAAAUUUAAGAAUUUAAUACAUCCACAGUUGCAACCACAACAGCAGCAGCAACAACAACAGCAGCAGCAACAACUCCCCAGUGAGAACGGCAACGUGCCGCCACAACAACUUUUGGCCGAAAGCAGCUCCACAUCGUUUGCCAACGAACAAGAAAUGCCGAUGGACGACGAAACAAAGGAGGAUCAGUUUCGCUCUGAAACCGUAUUCUCCUACACCGUGGAGAAUGUGGGACAGAUCAAGCAACAGCAUCUGUCGCAGCCCGUCUAUGUGCGCAUGCUGCCCUGGAAGAUAAUGGUGAUACCCAACGAUCGUGCUCUGGGCUUCUUUUUGCAGUGCAACGGCGAAAACGAUUCGCCCACCUGGUCGUGCAAUGCGAUUGCCGAGCUGCGUUUGAAGUGCCACAAACCGGAUGCACCGCCAUUUACACGGGCCAAAAUCAAGCAUUUAUUCUACUCCAAGGAGAACGAUUAUGGCUAUUCAAAUUUCAUCACAUGGCAGGAGCUGCAGGAUCCGGACAAAUACUAUGUGCACAAUGGCAGCAUUACACUCGAGGUUCACGUGAUUGCUGAUGCUCCACAUGGUGUGCUCUGGGACUCGAAGAAACAUACCGGCUAUGUGGGUCUCAAGAAUCAGGGCGCCACCUGUUAUAUGAAUUCAUUGCUGCAGACAUUAUAUUUCACGAACUCGUUGCGUUUGGCCGUUUAUCGCAUACCCACCGAGGCCGAUGAUAGCACCAAAUCGGUGGGCCUAUCGCUGCAGCGUGUCUUCCAUGAGCUGCAGUUCGGUGAUCGUCCCGUGGGCACCAAGAAGUUAACCAAAUCCUUUGGCUGGGAGACACUCGAUUCGUUUAUGCAGCACGAUGUACAGGAAUUUUUACGUGUGCUUCUCGAUAAGCUCGAGUCAAAGAUGAAGGGCACAUGCUUGGAGGGCACAAUACCGGGACUAUUUGAGGGCAAAAUGUCGUCGUAUAUCAAGUGCAAGAAUGUGGAUUAUAAUAGCACACGCUACGAGACCUUUUACGACAUCCAACUCAACAUCAAAGACAAGAAGAACAUAUACGAUUCGUUCCAGGAUUAUGUGGCCUCCGAGACGCUCGAGGGUGACAACAAGUACGAUGCCGGUGUCCAUGGUCUGCAGGAGGCCAGCAAGGGCGUCAUAUUCACAUCAUUCCCGCCCGUGCUGCAUUUGCAUUUGAUGCGUUUCCAAUACGAUCCAAUUACCGACAGCUCGAUCAAGUACAACGAUCGCUUCGAGUUCUAUGAGCAAAUCAAUCUCGACAGCUAUUUGGCCGAACGUGAAAAGACGCCAGCCGACUAUGUGCUGCACGCUGUGCUCGUCCACUCCGGCGACAAUCAUGGCGGUCAUUAUGUUGUCUUCAUCAAUCCAAAGGCCGACGGACGUUGGUUCAAAUUCGAUGAUGAUGUUGUGUCCAGCUGCCGCAAACAGGAGGCCAUCGAACAGAAUUAUGGCGGCAUGGACGAUGAGAUCUCGUUUCAUGCCAAAUGCAGCAAUGCCUAUAUGCUCGUCUAUAUACGUCAAUCUGAAUUGGAUCGUGUGCUCGGCGAUAUACCCGAGAAUGAGAUCUCAAGCGAUCUUGUCGAACGUCUCGAUCUGGAGAAACGCAUCGAGAUGGCGCGUCGCAAGGAGCGCAGUGAAGCCAACACUUAUGUGCCGAUCCAUGUCAUACUCGAGGAGUACUUUGAGUCGCAGCAGAAGCGACGCCUCUUCGAUUUGGAGAAGACACAUCAGCGCCCAUUCAAACUGAAGCAGAAUCAGACCGUUAACGAGAUGGUCGAGAUGCUGGUGAAGGCAUUUGGUGUGCCACGCGAUCGCAUGCGCAUCUGGAACAUGUGCACGGCGCAAACGCAAAAGUUCCUGCACUUUGAUUUCGAGGCGGAGGCAACGCGCACCAUCGAACAGAUACCGACGUCACAGAAGCCAUGGGUCAUCUUCCUGGAGCUGGCGCCGCCGGAUAGCACGGCGCCGCUGCUGCCCUUCAAUCCCAAGACCGAUGUGCUGCUCUUCCUCAAGUAUUACGAUGCGCGCAACAAGCGUCUCAAUUAUAUCGGUUGCACACAGCAGCCAUUGAAUCGUCGUCUCUCCGGAUUGGUGCCGGAAGUCAAUCGCAUACUCGGCUUCGACCCGGACACCGAACUGACCGUGUACGAUGAGUAUGCCGAGAAGAAGAUCCCCAACAUAAAUGAGCCCAUCGAGAGUGUGCUGUAUAUGCAACAGGAUCAUUUGCAGGGAUCGAUAUUGAUAUUUGAGCGCGAGAAUGUUGAUGUUAAACUGGAUUUGCCCACCGUUGAGGAUUACUUCUUGGAUCUGGUCUAUCGCAUUGAGAUUAUAUUCAGCGAUAAGUGUAAUCCCAAUGAGCCGGACUUUACGUUGGAGCUGUCGAAUCGGUACAAUUACGAUCAGUUGACCAAUGCGGUCGCCGAGCGUCUCAAUACCGAUCCACAGAAACUGCAGUUCUUCAUGUGCAUCAGCAACUACAAGGAGACUGCCGGCAAUGCGGUGCCCUACACCUACAAGGGUACCAUCAAGGAUCUGCUGUCGUACUCGAAACAGAGCACGCCGAAGCGUAUCUUCUAUCAGCGUCUGUCGCUGAGCAUUCACGAGCUGGACAACAAGAAGCUCUUCAAAUGCAUUUGGGUCUCGUACGAUCUGAAGGAUGAAAAGGAACUGGUGCUAUAUCCAAACAAAAACGAUACGGUCAAGGGGCUGCUCGAUGAAGCGGCCAAGACGAUAACGUUUGCCGAGAAUAGCCGCAAGAAGCUGCGUCUGCUCAAGGUGGGCAAUCACAAGAUUGCGGCCAUCUGCAAGGAUGACAUUCUGCUCGAUUCGCUGAUGAAGACUAACGAAUCGAUCACAACCACACAAGGCACACAGAAGAUCUAUCGCAUCGAAGAGAUCACCGCUGAGGAAUCCCAGCUGGCUGAGAAUGAAUUGCUCAUCCCGGUGGCGCAUUUUAGCAAAGAGCUCUAUAAUUCAUUCGGUGUGCCGUUCCUAACGAAGGCGCGUCACGGCGAGCCAUAUGGUGCACUGAAGCAGCGCAUCCAGAAGCGUCUCAAUGUCCCAGACAAGGAAUGGGAGAAUUACAAGUUCGCUGUCAUCACCAUGGGGCAUACCAUCGAUGUCAACGAUAAUACGCCCAUCGAUCUGGAGGUGUAUCGCACAUGGUCGGGCGGCCAGUUGCCAUUCUUUGGACUGGAUCAUAUUAAUAAGUCGCGCAAGCGCAGCUCAUUGAAUUUCUCCGAGAAGGCUAUAAAAAUCUACAAUUAAACACUACAAAAAAAAGCAGAGGAAAAGAAGCGGAUAACAACAACAACAACAGUAACACGAGCAACAAACAACAGCAACACAAACAGAAACAACAAUAGCAACAACAAAAUGAAAUAUAUUAUAAUUAUAUAUGUAUAUUACAACUAUAUUCAACAUGGAUCGUACUGUGUAUGUAUUGUAUGUGUAUGAAUGUCAGUGCGUCUAUGUCAGAAUGUAUUUGUGUGCGUAUGCGUCUCCGUUCACCUUCUCUCUCCCUCUCUCUCGAGACGUGGCAAGGAUGUGUUUCUGCGGAUUAGGCAAGGACGAAGGUAACUGCAGCGACAACAAAGCAAGCUUCCAACAACAGAUAACGACUCACUAUUAGAUUAAUAACUUCCACUUGUAAUUUAUAUAUAUACACAUAUAUAUAUAUAUAUGUAUGAGGAAAAGCAUGAAAAAGGGACACGCAGCAGAAAAGCGAAAGCAUGAAGCUUUAUAAAUUUUCAAUUUAUUGUUUACAACUUUGAAAUAGAUUUUAGUUAUGAUACUUCUUACUGUCAACAAUUGAAAAAGAGUAAUAUUUUGAAAACUAUGAAGUUUUAAAUGCGUUCUUUAGUUUUUACAAUUUUUGAGGUCGAUUUAAUUUCAUAUAUUUUUUUUUCAAAAACUUUUAUUAAUUACAAAAUUAGUUAGUAGAUCAUGUAAAUUGGGCAUUCUCCUCGGAGAGCCUUUGAAAAGUCGUAACCACGUUAAUGAAUUCAUUGUCAAGAACUAAUUUCCAUUGUAUUUGUGUUUGAAAUUGUUUUAUUAUAUUUUUUUUAGUUAUAUAUAAUUAUGCGUUGUCACCGAAUGUUGCAAGCCGACGAACGAGAGAGACGCAUACGCAUAAAUACAAACCACAAAAAUGCUGUUAAACGAUAAAACAAUUAUAUUUAUAUCAAAAAAUUAAAGAAAAACAAAAAACAUUUCAAAAGAAACUCCAAUAACUCCUAGAGUGUGAGUUGACACACGAUGUAGAAAGAGAUGGACAGCGAGCGAGUGAAAGAGAUAGCAGCAGCAGAUGAGGAAAUAUAUUAUAUAUAAAUAUAUAAAUAAAUACAUAGAUGUUUAAUGUUUAAAGCAACAACAACUACAGCAACAACAACAACAAGAAAAGAGGGAAUUAAGAAGCGAAAAGAAUGUUUAAAAAAGAGAAAAGCAAAAAUCUUGUAUAACAAAAACAUAAAGAGAGAAAUCUAAAUUAAAAACAAACAAAAAACAAGAAAACAAUACAAAGAGCAAGAGAAAGAAAAGAAAAACAAACGAUUUGUUUCAAACAAGAAUUAUUUGUGAUUUUAAUACAUGAAAUGAUAUAUAAUGAUAAUGCUAAUGUAAACGUUAAUGCAGAAAUGACUACUUAUAAUAUAAACACUAAUUAAUAAUAAUAUUAAUCAUAAAACAUAAAAAAUAAAGAAAACAAAACAAAAAAACAGAAACGACAACAUUUAAAUUAAAAUUUAGUGCU